UAAGAGCGCACUUACAUGUGCGUGUGUUCGUGUGUGUUCGUGUGAGCUAUUAACGCCACAGGAAGCCGCGUCGAUUUUAGGGAAGGUUAAGCUACGAAUGGACAGAUUCAAUACAAAUACAAUGGGUUAAUAUCCUCCCUCCAAAAUGGAUGAAAAAGCUAGAAGAUGGACCUCACCAUAAACUAUAUGAAUAAAUUUUAUUGUACUAGUGACAUGAAAUAGUGCAGCAAAAAUGGAUGACAGCUCGCCAGAUCUGUCCCUCAAGCUUCGGCGGGGCUCGAGCGACUCUCGGGAGUCGUUCUACAUGGACUUCGCUCAGGGGAUCGACUCGGAUAUCGAGGAGGUGACGACGAUCGAGCGAGUGAUCCCGGAGCACCCAGGAGGCAGGUCCGAAGGCGAUGCUGACACCCUCGCGACGCCGUCUGGCCUUGAGGAGACUAAGGAAUUCCCGCCAUGUUGCUACUCGAUCCCUGCGAACAACAUGUCGGGCGGGUCUCACGUGUCUCGGACGACGUUUGAGUCGAGUCGCGAGUCAGAGCCGAGCCGGGGCUCGGCGCCGCCGCUGCCGAGUCCGGCGUCGGCGGGCGCGGCGCUGGUGUCGCCCGAAACCCUGAGCCGACACAGCAGCCCGCCGCCUUUGCCUCCACACUCGAAACCGGCGCCAUCUUGUUCAUCACAUCGAGUCCAUAUGGAGUCGCCCUUGAAGUGUUCGAGUCCUCCGUCGCUGUCUCUCGGCGGUUCGCUGUCCCUACAGCCGGUGCUGUACCCUGGAGGCUCCGGGCAUGCGCCUCUGCCCCCCGCGCGCCACUCCCGCCCCUCGCCCACCAUACCGCAUGUGCAUCUCAUCAGCGCAGGGGAUGCACUAGCCACCACCCUCUCGGCGCUUUAUGGCAAGCUACUGGUCGUCAUGGGCGUCGCCUUCCCGAUGGCCGAAGUAAUUUCUACAUACAUUCCACCCUCCUUUUAUGAGGGCUUCUACUUGUACCUGUACAUCGGCAGCAUGGUGUUCCUGCUGUACAUGUAUGCUGCACUGCUGAGGGAUCGCUCGAGGUCCGGCGCUGAUUCCCCUGUCGUUGCCAAAUCGGACUCAAGUUCGUCCCCUUCCGAGUCGGACUCGUGUUCCUCGCGCACAGACCGCAGCACCGCUACCGCGCCGCACCCGCAGUACCAGAUGCCGGCCAACGCUGCCAAGAGACUGUCCCUCGGGUUCGCUCUUAGCACAAGAACCCACCACUACGGGAGCUUCUAUCUCAGGAUGGGUGCUGUCGCGUUCGGCAUCGGCUCCAUGAUCUACUCCGGCCUCGAGUUCGGUCAGUACUGGGAGCUGGAGAGGAACACCAACUGCCACAACGUGCUGCUGGCGCUCACGCCCGCCACCAGGAUGGCCUUCAUCUUCAUCCAGAUGUAUUUCAUCUUUCUUAACAAUGAGAUGAAAGUGUACAAGCAUAAGAUAGUGGCUCGAUUCGGGCUGAUGCACAUGGUCGGGACGAAUUUGAGCGUGUGGCUGAACGUGCUCGUGCAGGAGACCAAGCACGAGAUCCUCACCUUUUACGAUCCGGAGAAUAAGACCAUUGGCUUAUCGCAUAGACUGGCGUUUCAAAAGGCGUUUGUUACAUCACUGUCAACCGAAGUGCCUCCAUCUCACCCAGCAGCAGCACAUCUACGGGUACCUCGAGGCUUGAAGGGACCUCAUCACAUCUUCGAGUGUCGGCGGACCAACAUCAUGGGAUCUUUAGUACAAGACGCGUCGCCUUUUCUCUUCCCGUGCACUAUCGAGUAUUCCCUCAUAUGCGCUGCUAUUUUAUACGUCAUGUGGAAGAAUAUAUCCAAGUAUCCCUCAAAAGACGUCGCAGCUGCUAUCGCAAAAGCACGAUUGCUCGAAGGCCUUGCGUACAAAAAAUCGCCACAUUUGUAUAGUGUGGACUGCGCGAGAGCUCAUAAAGGCCUGUUCUUCGGAAUCUUGGUCUUAGUACUCACAAUUAUCUCACUUAUACUGUUCUUUGUUUUGAUUUCAAAGAAAGACUACGCAACGUUAGCUGUGGUGGAAGUUAACGUAUGUGAAUUAGCUUUAUAUGCUAUGACCACCUUCGCAAGUCUAGCAGGGAUGGUAUGCGUACGAAACCUCAAAUAUGAUGGGAACAGGAACCUGGAGCUGGACAAUAUCUUGCUUGUAGGAGCGCAGACCGGCAUGUUCAUCUAUGGAACUUUUACAAUAAUCGGAGGUCAUUUUACGAUUGAGAAGAAUACCAUUUUAAUCUUGAUUACGGCCUUAUCGUCACUAGUGCAGACGACUUGCCAGACGAUGUUUAUCUUAGACGCGAGUCGUCGGUCGGCUAAAACACCGGAUCAGCUGCGGAAAAAGCCCGGGAGAGAAAUCGUUACAUUCCUUCUUGUAACUAAUUUGGCUAUGUGGGCGAUAAAUACGCUUGAAAAGUCUAGAGCGGAGUCCCACCCGGUACAAUUGCACUUUUACGGGUUAUGGGCAUGGACGAUCAUCACUCAUGUGUCUAUGCCGCUGGCAAUAUUUUACAGGUUCCAUUCUACAGUUUGUUUGUGCGAAAUUUGGAAGCGAGCCUACAAGAUGAAGCCAGCAUACAUGUAGCGCCGAACCUUGUACUAGUGUGCCUCGCUCACUCAAUAAGCUACCGCACUUUUCAAAGCACAUAUGUAAGGUUUGAAAAGUAGCGUAAUAAUUAAUAUAGAUUGUGCCAUAGUUUUAACGUCAGUGGAUACCGGAUUAGCACUGUUACUUAUUUAAUUGCUGUUUGGCCAGCUAACUAUUAUAAUUCCAACCAAAGCUCUCAUCCAAUUUUAUUAUUGCUUAUUUCCGGUGUGCACUAAAAGUUUAUUACUAAAUAUAUGUGUUAGUUUGAAGUUGACUGCUUUAAUGUUAAGUUAUUGUAUUUAAAUAUUUUAAUGUGUUAUUUAUUUGUAGCUUUAUUAGACGCUUUAACUAUCACUUACCUACAGUUCCAUAUUAAAAUAAAUAUUGGGGAUUCAUUGAAAAAAAAGACAAGUUUGAGGUGAACAAAUAUUUUCUUCUUUAUGCACAGAAUUCAUACAUGAUACAUCUACUACUUAGGUACGCAACAAAAUAAUAAAUACAUAUACGUACUAUGGAAUAUCUUGCAAAAAAAAAAUCAGAAUACAGUCUUCCAAUAGGUUACAGAUCACUCUUUAUGACUUUUUAUUCGCAUUUGUACUUGCAAUAUCUAUCACCAUCUCAAAAGGGAACAACAGAAUGGAGAUCUAGCGUAGCAAACACUGAUUUAAUAAAAUUAUGUAAGUGUUUCAUAUUACUUCGGGCCCCGAAAAAGCAUAGUCUGAUCAGAUUUAUACAUUUUGUAGCGAUAUUUUUGCGAUAAAUGUAGUGUCAGUAUUUUGGAAAAAUUUUAAACCAUAGAGAUACGUAGGAUACACCGAGGACCCAGUAGGUAGGCAAAAAUAACACCAAAGUUUUAUAUUACCAUUAUUGGAGUAAGUAAUUUUUGGAGCUUAUAAUUGUAUACAGUCCAGUGUUUUCACGUUUUUUAGAAUCUUUAAAAUAAUAGAAUUGACUUCCAUUCCUAAGAUUCCUACACUAAUUUUGAAUAUUUCAAGGUAAUUUUAUAGGGUUAGAUAUUUAUUACGUCCAGUGAGAACAUUAUUUGGUAGCGAUCGCUGAUAUUCAAGCCCGAAUAAGUGAAAUCUUAUGCAAAUCUUUUUUGGCUAACUCAAUUGCUCAAGUGGUACCAUGAUGGCAUAGGUAUCCUCCUAAAGUGGAAGUUAAUAUUCUAAACUUUGGCUCAUAAUCGAUUUUCAGAACAAUAAUCUAUUUUAUAUUAAUAGCAAUAGCGUACUAUUUUUUUGGCAUGCAUCUUUGAUACAUUUUGAUAUUCUAGCUCCAAAAUGUAGAGUUAGACUUUUGGUAUUUUAUUUUUUUAUAAAUUUAUAAAUACUGUGAUCAGUACGCUGCAGUAACAUAGGGUAGCAUCUCAAACGAGAACGUACUAACUUCAGCUAUAGCACUGAGCAAGUUACGAAACGAAAUUUUUGGAUACUUUAAUUAUAUAAAUCUACAUAUAAGUAUAUAUGUAGGCGUAGUUAUAAUACAGUUUUAUUGUAUUAAUUUAGUUGUACAUACAAUAAUAUAUAAGAUUCAAACAAUACUCAAGCAUGACAAUGUUAGCUUUAAAUUGUGUGGGUAUCUUCUAUGAAAUAUUUAUCAAGCUAAUCUACAUUCUACUCGAGUGAAUGAAAUACCGACUAUUUAUGAGUGGUAAUAUAUGUGAAAUAACACUACUAUUAUAAGCUCAAUUGCUUUAAAUGCGUUUUACCUCUACAUACAACAUGCAUUACUGUUAAAAGCAGUCCCAUGGCAUUUGUUAUUACGUGCAAUAAUUAUUUGAACCGCUUAAUAAAAUUGUUCUUAUUUCCCGAUAUCGAUUAAAAUAAAAAAGGGGGUAGUUUUGAUUUUAAAAAUGUUUGUAUGAAGAUUAGUGGAUAUUAUUUGUAAUAUGUUUUUUUUCUAAACUAUUAAGAUUUCUGAUAUGCGGUGUUAAUCGUUUGUUUUCGUAGCCUGAUAGGCACAGGCCAAAUGUUUCACCUCUGCUCUGGAGAGGAGUUUAUUCUGUUAGAAAAACCGUAGUCGGAUUAAAGUUAUGAAAAGAUUUACUUGUUAAUGAGUUAAGAAAGACUCGGAGUCUAUUUUAUGUUAAUAAAAUAAGUACACGUGCUCUAUUUUGUUUUAAACGAAUAGACAAGCAAAAUAUUUAUUUUGGACUGCUUGAAAUAAUUUUAAAGAUACCGUGUCGUGUCUUCUAAUUUCUUUGUAAUGUACACUGGCUAACAUUAUAUUUUUCUUAUUCUUUUUUUUCAGUUUCGAACCAAAUAUUUGUUGAAUGUCCUCUUAUUACUCACUUUAGUUGUGUACAGUAUUAUAGUGAUAUUAGAUUAAUGUUUAUUUUAUAUAUAUUUGAAUUAUUUAUUUGUUUAGGCGAGAUUGUGUAAUAUACCUAAAUAAUUUUAAGAUUGUCUUUUCGGAUGAUAAACGUUUACAAGCAAAUAAACUCUUCAAAUUUUGGAUCCCGCUAA